AUAAACAAUGAGAAAACACAUAUAUGGAGGUCACACUGAGACACACAUGACAUAGCAGAGAGAGAGAGAGAGAGGGUCGGAAAUGGAGAAAUGAUAGGUAUGUCUUGGAAGACACUCUAGGGCGACCUCGGAGCUAAAAGGAGGCCACCGUCUACUACUCCUCUCUAUCUAACCAUCUCAUUCAAGGAGGUGAGACGUCUCAUACGAAUCAGGUUGCUGGAUCCCCACUCAACCCGGUUGCUCCUUUGCCAAAAGGAUUAUGGAGAGAUUUCCAUAGAAUCGCUCGAGUAAUAACAUUAGGUAUGUAUGUUUGGUCACAAGGUUGAGUUAUAUCGGUGAUGUAUAUAGCAAGGGCAAGCUUGAGGGUCAAGCAACCUGGUGUUACUUGCGGAGGUCUCCCUCCUCUCUUCUCUACUCUUCUCUACAUAUGGCCUUGUUUUUGUCUUUUUCCUUUUCCCUUUGUGCGCGGUUUGUUGUCUUGAGGAAGCGGGAGGGACCAUCGGAGUUUUGCUGCACUUGUCCCUGGAGGAAGAUGAUGAACCAAAGUUGAGGAGAAUUCUAUUCCUUCCCGGAUAUCAAGGGGAAAACUGUGGGAGGGAGGAGGAGAGCUCCGUAGCUUUAAGAGGGACAAGCUUCUUUCUUCUUUUCCUUUCUCGCCUUUUCUGUCCUCUUGUUUGCCUUCUUCGGUCGUCAUUCCCUUCCCAGUCUUUUGCCUGCUCCGAACAAGAGACAAGGAGGAGAAGACGAAGAGGAAGAAGAUGACACAUGACAUGGUGCGGUAGCUGCUGGCCGGCAUCAAUCCGGGCUCUCCGAUGGUUCUAAUCACCAAGAAAUCACACGACAUCAUGAUCAAGACGUGCCCCUCCUGCGGUCAUCGCAUUCAGUAUGAGCAGCAGCAGGCGUCUUCCUCCAUACAAGACUUGCCCGGGCUGCCCGCAGGCGUGAAGUUUGAUCCCACCGACCAAGAGCUGCUGGAACACUUGGAAGGCAAAACGGGGUCGGACCCUCACAAGCUUCACCCUCUCAUCGACGAGUUCAUCCCCACCAUCGAAGGCGACGAUGGGAUUUGCUACACGCAUCCUGAGAAGCUCCCCAGUAAUGAUCGAUCGAUUGACACCAUCUCUUUAUUUAUGAGAGUGAGACAGGAUGGUCUGGUUCGGCACUUCUUCCAUCGCCCUUCCAAGGCAUACACGACGGGGACGAGGAAGAGGAGAAAGGUGCACACCGACGCACGCGGAGGCGAGACGCGGUGGCACAAGACCGGGAAGACGAGGCCGGUGUCGGUGGGUGGGAAGCUCAAGGGGUACAAGAAGAUCCUCGUCCUGUACACCAACUACGGCAAGCAGCGGAAGCCCGAGAAGACCAGCUGGAUAAUGCACCAGUAUCACCUGGGCUCCGACGAGGAGGAGAAGGACGGGGAGCUGGUGGUGUCGAAGGUCUUCUACCAGACGCAGCCCAGGCAGUGCGGCUCGGGAGCGAAGGACUCGUAUGGGAGAAAUGUCAAGGCUGCUGUGGAUGACGACGAUGACGAUGGCGCCGCCACCGCCGCCGCCGUCGUCGUCCUCGGGGAAGGAAGUGCCGUCGGCGACUACUACGCUCCGUCGCUCAUCGGGUAUAACCAAGGCGGGCAAAACCGAGUCAGCUCCCCUCAUCUGCUGCCUAAUUUUGCCAUGCAUACAGGAGGUGCCUCCUUUCUUUCUUGAACAGUUGAAGAGUAUCAUCGAUCUCCCAAUGAUUACCUGUAUAUAAUUAACAUAUAUGGACUCCUACACUGCAAUUUACGUGAUCGCAUUUAACCCUCGACGUAGAAAACGAUGACCGUAUGGAUCAAAUAACAGAUAGCUUCUUCUUCUACCAAUAAA